UCGAACAACGAUGGUCAACCCAGACUUAACUCACCUUGACGACGCGUCUAAUCCACAUGUUACACGUGCAUACUACGAGCGUCUCUUUCCAUUCAAGCAAAUGUACCAAUUCUACAAUGGUGACCACAUACCCACGCGUUUGUUCACGAAUCGAGAAUUCGCCUUCACAGUGAAAGAUGAUAUCUACCUUCGUUAUCUGUCAUUCUCUACUUGGGAUGAAUGGAAGAAAGAAACAUUAAGAUUGAACCCUACACGUUUCGAAAUUGGAGCUGUUUACACUGCAAGGCCACGCGAUAAGAAAUCACUAGGUCCAUCUGCAUUUAAAACCAAAGAGCGUGAAUUGGUUUUUGAUAUUGAUAUGACAGAUUAUGAUGAGAUUCGUACAUGUGCAGCUGGGAAAGAUAUUUGUGAACAGUGUUGGGGUUUCGUUGUAGCGGCUAUGCGCAUUCUUGAUACUGUACUGCGACAGGAUUUCGGUUAUAAGCACUUACUCUGGGUCUUCUCUGGUAGAAGAGGUAUUCACUGUUGGGUCUCAGAUCCAGCUGCGCGAGCAUUGACAGAUGAACAAAGAAAAGCAUUAGUUGGUUAUAUUGAAGUAGUUCGAGGUAGUGCCCAGCAAGCUAAGAAGGUUCAUAUAUCUCAAAACCUCCCAAGAGGUGCACCAUGGCAUCCUUCUCUCAUGAGGGGUUAUGAACAGCUGUACGAAUGCUUCGAAAAGACAGUAUUGGAAGAUCAAGAUGCCUUCAGGGAUGAUCCAGCAUGGCGCACUUUGCUUAGUUUGCUCCCUGAUCAAGAUGUCGCGAAGAGUCUGUCAAAUGAGUGGGUCAACAAACCUGGACUUAACUCUCGAGAGAAAUUCAAACAAAUACGUAAGCGCAUGCCAAAGUCUCCUCAAUGGGAUACUGCAUUGCGUGAAAUUGUUUUGCAGUAUGUAUACCCACGUAUAGAUACGGAAGUAUCUAAACAUCAAAACCACUUGCUUAAGGCGCCCUUCUGUAUUCACCCUGGUACAGGUAAGGUAUGUGUGCCAGUGGAUGUAAGCAAAGCCGAAGAAUUCAAUCCAAGUAAGGUGCCUACGAUAGGACAACUUUUACGUGAACUUGAGCAGUUGCCGGCAACGGCAGGAAGGGAUGUAUCACAAGAUUGGGAACAAACCUCACUUGCGCCUUACAUUCGAAUGCUCGACAAGCAAUCAGAGCAAAUAAUGGCAGAAACGAGGCGAUUUAAGAGAGAAAUGAAUAACAGAUCACUCGAUUUCUGAUAGUAUUUUGUA